AUGAAUGAGAAACCUUGUAUAAACGAGAAACCAAUAGGAGAAGUUUAUGAAGUUCUACAGAAAAUUGGGGAUGGUCAUUUCGCGGAAGUGAAUUUGUGUGUAUGCAGGAAAUCAAAAAAGGAGUUCGCGGCAAAGUUUAUUCUGAAGCAGAGAUUUAAUUCCUCUACCGUUGGGAAGGAGAUCAAAGGUUCCCUUCCAGCGGAUAUUGGUCGUGAGGCUUUCAUUCUGGCUAACCUCAAACACGAAAACAUCGUGAAGCUGCAUGAAGUUUUUCAUUGUAACGAUGCGGUCGUUCUCAUAUUAGAUCUUGUAACCGGCGGUGAGUUGUUUGCUCGAGUUGCAGAGUGCGAGCGGUUAUCUGAAGAAGAAGCUUCCAAUUUCGUUGAACAGAUACUUCUUGGAAUUCAGCAUAUGCAUUCUUUGGGUGUCGUUCACCUGGAUCUAAAACCCGAAAAUAUCAUGAUUGAGGACUUGGCCUCUCGGAAAAUAAAAAUUAUCGAUUUUGGCCUCGCGAGAGUUUUAAAUCCAAACGAAACAUUCCAAGACAUGGCAGGUACUCCGGAAUUUUGUGCUCCCGAAAUAGUGAACUUUGAUCCGAUCACAUUCGCAACGGAUAUGUGGGCAGUCGGCGUCAUAACCUAUAUUUUAUUGACUGGGAUAUCGCCGUUUGCCGGAGACUCACAGAUUGAAACAUUUCAAAAUAUCUUGGAUUGUAUCGUGGAUUAUAGUCGUGAGGAGAUUCGGGAUGCUACAGAUUUGGCCAAGGAUUUCAUUCGACGGUUGUUGAUCAAAAAUCCAAGAAAACGCGCUACGGUGAACGAGUGCCUACAGCAUCCUUGGAUCCGUCCAUCGGAUGACUCACAACAAAACUGUCGAAGAGGAAGCGUAAUAAGGAAAGCAAAUUUGGACGGAUUACGCCAUUUUAUUGCCGUGCCAUCAGCCAACGAAGCGAAUUCUGUAUCGCCACCUCUGACACCUGUGAAGAUGUCCACCGAAAUGGAACUCAUUCAGGACAAUUUAAUUCCGCCACUUAAACCAGAUGACAUUUCAGAAGACACCCCUUCAUCGCUGUCAGAAAACCAACCAAGUAAACCAGACGCGGAGAAAGGUGAAAAAAGCCGUGUGCUCAGCCGGAAACACGGAACUCACGGAAAGUCCAAGUGUUCUCCAGAAAAGAAGGAUAUGGUGUCCCUUGAAAAUAGUUCACCGCUGAAUAGAACCCGCGAGACUCAGGAGGUCCAUGUGAAAAUGUCCGAGACAGAUCAUCUCAAUCUAGAAUCACGUGAAAAAACAUCAUUGGUUCAGUCAAACACCACUACCCUGCCAGACGUGACCACCUCAGCUUUAACUGAGGGAAAAGUUAUCCAGUCAUCGCCACGCGUUUCGGGAGGCUGGCGAGCCAGUCUGAGCCACGGUUUGAUAGGUCGAUUGGGUGCAGCGUUUGUCGCAGCCGCGACCGGUCAUAAUGUUGCGCCACAAGCAUCCGCACCGCAGCCCAAUGGAUUGCAACAAACAAAUGAUGCACGUCAAGCUGCUGGUUAUCGACAUGAGCCAAUUAGAGAACCGAUUAAGCCCGUCUGUAUGACUGGAUCCCAGUCUUACCCAGAUUCAUCAGAGGUUCAUCGGAAACUGAAACUGAACGAUAUGUCAGAAUCACAGGACAGUUCUUACAGCGGAAUCAUCUAUUCGACCUCAUCCGUCAGUUCUCACACACAAGCGCCGUAUCACACCUUCUCGUCAACGACAAAUGAACCCAAGAAAACCAUUCGUCACAGUCUGCAGAUCGGUAAUGUCAGUAGAGCUGUACAGGAGUUUGAGUCCCCAAUCUCCACCGAUUCGGAUGAGCCACAGUCACAUGAUGGAAGAACGGGACGCGCACAUUCAGCGUUCGCACCGUUCAACGAGUCUGAGCGUAAAACUUGGGACUUGCAAAAACCGAAUAGAGUUUCCACUCCGAAUCGUUACCAACCAGGCGAGCCGAGGCGACAACAAGUUGGUCGUCUGCAAGAACUAUUUGAAAGUGGCGCAGCCUCACAGAGUCGAAGGCUAUUUGUUCAACGAACAGAUCAGCAUCACAGUCCAAAUCCGAAACCGGCUGUUUUGUUGAGCAAACGGAACUAG